GUGGCAGCGAGCUGCCCGUGUGCCCGGUGUGACUGCAGCACGGCGCCGCAGCUGCGGCCGAGCGCCGCUCCGCUGGGCCGCGGGACCCCGCCGCGCCCUCAGCCUGGGACGCCUGGCCUUGGCAGGGCCUGGGAGUCUGCCCACUGAAAUGCCUUGGAAUAAAAGUUUGAACCGCACAGCCCGCUUGUCGGUUCGAGUUUUUCUUGUUAGGGUUAGGGAGGUUUUGUUGUUGUUUUUGUGUUUGUUCUUUAACAUUUUUGUUUGUUUGUUUUGGUUUGGUUUUGGGAGUUUUUGUUUGGUUUUUUAUUUUGGUUUUGGGAGUUUUGUUUGUUUGUUUUGUGUUUUUGUUUUGGUUUGUUGGGUUUUUUUUCCCCGCCGCGUAAAUUCUGCAAUCCGAUUACAAAAAACAAAGGGCCCUCUGGAGGGCUACCGUCACCCGGACUACACCUCCCGUGAGGCUCGCCUCGUCUUCGGACGCCGGUGGCGGACGGGAAGUCUCGCGAGGGUAGGGACGUGGUAUAGGCGGGCCCGCACGCGGCAGGUUUUGGCGGGCUCGGGAAGAUGGCGGCGCGGCGGCGGUCGUCUUUUUACCCCUCGGCGCAGGCGGCGGUGGCGUCGUGGUUGUCUACCCGCCCGGCGGCGGCGUCUUGUACCCGCCCGGCGGCGGCUUCUUGUACCCGCCCGGCGGCGGCGGCGGCAGCGGCGUCUUUUACCUGCUCGGCUGCGGCGGCGGUGGCGGCUUCUUCUACUAGCCCGGCGGGGAGAGCUGCAGUGGACACCAAGUGGGAGAGCAGUCACCUCUGGAUCUGUUUGCUGGCCUUGGGCUUUGACCCGGCGCAAUACCAUGGCGCAAGACUAGGGAGGAAUAUGUUUGCUAAACCGAACUGCAGAGCGUUUUCUGUCGUUGCCCUCUUCUUGUUUACUAAGCUGGAUAAGCACCGUGCAAGGCAAACUUUCGGGCAAUCCAGAAGCACAAAACUAAAGAAGGAAGUAAGUCUUCCACAAAUUACACCUUCCACACUGGUUUGUCCUGGUGGCGCUAAAGUUGUUCAUGUCUUCUACCGUUUUGCAAGAUACGUAAUGAUUGAGAACCUGAAAAAGCUCUCUGUAGGCACUGAUAUACCUUUUGCUAAAGCUGUUAUUUGGAGACCUCGGGAUAUGUACAUAACAAAAGCAAGACACAGAGUUGCAUACAAUAAACUGCUGCAAAUUCUUCAAAGGGGAGACUUUGUUCUUCAAGAAUAUAAGGGGAAAGUACAGGUUUUAAUUAGAAGAAUGAGGCGGACAAAGUAUGAAUAUGCAGUUGUAAAGAGGCAGUUUUGCAGGAUGAAGCAAAAUGACCAAAACAAAAAUGACACAACUGAGAGAAUUCAGAAGGUCCGCAGUAUGUGGGCACUUAUAGUGGAAGUGCUUACAUCUCUGAAAAAGGAAAAGGAAGCUGUGGAUUCUGUACUUGCAGACUGUGUUAACCCAUGUAUUCUAGAUGGAACUGAUGUUGUUUUGAGUGUUCCAGCGUUGUUGACUUACAGAAUUGAAAGGAACAUAAAUGGAUUUUGUACAGGAAAUUUAUAUGAAGCUGGAAAUCUGAAUUUCCUAACAGUUAUUCAAUUGCUAAAUGAAGCCCUGAUGACAUUGAGAGAUGAACGUUGUCCAUGUGAAUUAAAAGAACUUCACAGGAUUCAGGAUAUGGUUACAUCCUACAAGAAUGCACUACGGGAGUUGAACACAAAAAGUCUAAGAAGAAAGCAAGAGCAUUGUGAGCCGAAGGAUCAGUCUCUUUCCAGAAAGGAGGAAAUCUGGGAAUCAAAGUGGAAAACGAUUCUUGGCCAGUGUCCUUUUAAUUUAAUCUUUAAAGAUGAUCUACAACCAGCUUCAUCACUUCAGUCUUUUAGUUCUUCAGAUGAAGAUGAAAAUAGUGUCCUUCAUCAGUCAUUUUCAGGUGAAGCUGAAGAAUGCCAUGAGGAAAGUGAUGGUGAUUUGGAAUCUAUGAUCGAUACAAAAUUAGUACCCUCAAGAUGGAGCUCAUUGGUGCCGUCAUCGUCGGAAGCGUCUGAAAAUGGAGACCCGUUAAUUAAAAAUAACUUGAAUACUUGUUUUGGAAAUAAGAAACCUGUGCCUCAAAAAAACUUAAAAAAUGGAAAGGAAGAAUUCCCUACUUCAGAAAUGGAGGAGAAUGCAGGUGAAAAUGUUACCCAGCCAAAGUCUCCUGCGAAAAAAGAUUACCUUCUUGAGAAAGCCAGAGAUGAACUGGCGGAAGAGAUUGUAAAGUCAGUGAUGUCUGAGUCACCUCAGAGUGGUGAAGAAAAAGGAAUGAUAUUAGAUGAUCUCAUUAGCUCACUGUGUUUUAACCCAUUUUUAACAAGGAAGCAAAUACCCCGAACUCCAGAAAAUCUGCUUACUGAAAUUAGAAGUUCGUGGAGAAAAGCUAUUCAGAGUGAGGGCUCAUUAGACCCAAAGCUGUCCUCAACUGAAGUGGUGACGGAAGAGUCUUCAAUGAAUGCUACACUCAUUGUGCAGGAGGAGUUGGACUCAACCUUUGUGUGCCCUGUAUCUCCUGAACCUGUGUCUCCUGUAUCAGAAAAUAAGUCUCAACUAAAUUCUACAGAAUCUAGUUUUCAGGAGCAGGUGAAUGUAAGUCACACAUUUGAAUCUUCAGAUUCGAAAACGUCUGGAAUUGAAGAAAGUGAGAGAACUGAAUCAGAGGAACCAGAUUGUUCUGCUUUGAGUGGAAGUUCUGGAGAAGAUCUAAGCCAGACUUUGCAAAGUGUAGAGAAGAACAUGAAUAUUCCAGAUACUUGUUCAAAAAGUGGUAGUAAAACAAAUACACUACCUUCAGACCACUGUCAGAGUUUUCUGAUGUCUAAGAUGCUGUGCUGCAAUGUAUCUCCGUUAAAUUCUGUCCAUCGUGAAUCUGCUGACAUGGGAAUAUUGGAUGAGACACUUCCAGAAUGUGAUGAUAUGUAUCUCAGCAAAUCUGCAGACUCAGACUCUAUUUUUUUUACAAUGGACAGUGAAAAUUUAUUGGAUGGCUCAGAAUAUAAUGAGGAUAUUAAAAAAUUGGACCUAGAUAUGCAGUCACCGUCCAGCUCACAUGAAGUGCUAAAGAAGACUGCAUCUAAGAAUGAAGAGAAGCUGCAUCAAACACAUAAUGGAGACAAAUCUCAAUGUCGUAGAGCUAAACUAAGUGCGGUAUCAGAAGAAGGAGAGGAAAAUGAGGAUGAUCCUUCCAUGGAUGAAGGAUUUACCAAGAUGCCAUUUCCACACUCUCCUGAUGAAAUCAAACAUUCCCUGUCAUCUUUGCUGUAUCCUGUCAACAGACGGAUGGUACAUGAAGUCCCAGUAGACUUACUACAUAAAUUGAAGGAUAAGAACAGUUGAGUUGGAAGCUGGGCACGAAGGAACCUUCAUCAGGAUGGAAUUUGUAAAGCAGCAGCAUAACCAGAGCAGUGCAUUUAUGGUGCACUUGAGUGUAUAGCAUCUUCUCCAAGCAUUGUCUGCAUUGGGAAGUUGCCCUCCUUUUGGUGUGCAAGGAGACUCUAUUCCAGUCUCCUUGUUUAAGAGUGUCACUUGUCUGCUCUGACACUGCCAGUUUUGUAUCAGUCACUGUAGUUUUCUGUAUACAGUGCAUCAUUUAUACACAGAACAAUACUUUCUUUUUUAAGCGUAUUUUGAACAGCAGAUGUUGAGUAAAUGGCAUAAUCCUAGAAAAUGGAAAAAUUAGAUGUCAAAGGAGAAAUAGUAAAAUCUGUUAAUUUGCUUCUACUCCACAUCUCAUAUGCCAUCCCAACCCUCAACCCAACAGAUUGAAAUUUUUUGGGUGCUCUACAUUCCAUUGCAUUCAUCUCUCUUACUGAGAGUUCUGGUCUAUACUGCCAUCAAUUCUUCCUGUUGAUAGGGGCUGUUUGUUCCCUUUUUCUAAGCUUCACUGGAGUGCAUAUUUCUUUAGCUGUAUUACCGAAUAAAUGCUUUACACUAAAGUUACAAAAAUUUAUUGCUUGUGGUAGUGUUAAUGCCACUUGAUAUUAACAAAUGCCAUGCACAUUAUGUUGUGAUGUAAAAGGUAAUAGGACCUGUGGUCAUGGGAGAAAGUACAACUCCAGAUUUCAAGAGGUAAACUUACUGUUGUAAAAAUACUGACUACUAACCUAAUGUAUUUAGAGGCAUUGUUAAAUAAAGUUGUUUUUCUCUUCUG